AUGAGGAAAAAACAACAAAACUUGAUUGGAUCAGUUGUUGUUUUAGCUUUAAUAUUUAGCUGCUUGUUUUAGACUGUUGCAGCUCAAGAUACCAUUUAAUUAAAGCUUGAACAAGACGCAUACGGAACUUUAAAGCAAGGAGAAACAUAGACUUAUAUCCUUAAAUUAGAGGAGAGACAAAGAGAAGAUCAGUAUCUGAUCAUUACUGCAGAGGGUACUUUUGAAGGAAGUGAACCUGAUAUCUAUGUCAAUAUUAAGGAGUAAAAGAACCUCUAAAAGUCUAAAGUAAUCUGCAAAUCAUACGGAUUCGCUCUCUGUCAUGUCAAGGGCAAUCAAAUAGAUUUUGCUCAAGAAUUGUAUGUAACAGUUAAAUGCCAAACAAAGUGUGGGUAUGAGCUAGUAACUUUCCUUGAAGAAUCUACCGAAUAAAUAAAUAUGAGAUUAAAUGAUAUCACAUAUGCUAUUUUUGAGGAUUCUAAGGGUAAUUUAAAAGAUGAAAAACUCAUAUUAAAUAGAGUAGUUUAGAUGAAAUUCAGCUCAUAAGAUUUGCCUCCACAAGAAAGUUUGGAAAAUAUGAUUAUAGAAUUUGAGUUGAUGAACCCAAUAUAAUCAUACACAACUUUCAAUGUUUACUUUAACUUCAAUGAAAGAAUUCCAACUAAAACCUAUAGUGAAAGUUGGGGAUUAAAUUGGGGUUCUGGAGCUGGUAUGGGUGUUUUGUUAAAGAACAAAUAGAGUGGCUUAUAAUCUGAAGGAGUAUAUACCAUGACAAUAGAAGCACAUGAAGGAGCAAUCAUAGCAAUUAGAGCUAUUGGUUGGGGUGAAAUUAGGUACAUCAAGCCAUUCUAACUGGUUGGAGGCUUUACAUUAUCUAAUGCUAGAACUAUGAAAUAUUAGCUCAAUAUAGACGAGCAAGUAUAUGGUGACUUCAAAGGCAAGGAUCUUAUUAUUGGUUUAGUUCCAUUUUAAGGUGAUCCUAAUCUCUAUGCUGACUAUAGAUCUAUAAGUGACCUUUAAAAUGUGUAGUUAGAAAAUUAUUAAUGGGUUUCUGAUGAAUUAUAUGAUGAUAGAAUUACAAUUACUGCUAAGGAGCUAUAAAAAAAUAGCACAAUUAACAUAGCUGUUAACUCUAAAGAUAACUUCUCUCUCUAUACUAUGAGGGCAUACUAUCACCUUGGAAAAACACCUUUAAGUUUUGAUUAUCCUGAAUCUGGUAGUUUAAUUGCAGGAGAACUAAUUACUUAUUCUUUGUCUCUUUAUGGUAACCAAAAAGCAAAUGUUACUUUGGUUCUUAAGCCUAGAGAGGGCUCACCUGGAUUGUUAAUGAAGAGAUGCAAUUUAGAUGAAAAGGAAAAGUGCGUUUUUACUAAAGAAGAUAAAAAGUCUGCUAUAAAAUCAAAAUUCAAUUAGGAGCAAGUUAUUUAGACUUUCUAUUCUGACCCAGAUUAAUGCUCUUAAUACAAAAUUGAAGGUCUCUAAGUUUGCUAUUACCUAAUAGGUGUUUUGAACACUGACAAUGAUAAAGAAGCCAAAUUCACUUUACUUGCUAACAAUGGUUUGACUCACACAAUCCUUCAAGAAAACGAGAUUUAUCAUUAAGGAGCAGAGUUUGGAAAGAUUAACUACUUCAAGUUGGAUCUUGAGAAAUAUACACAAGUUACUUAGGUUUCGUUCUAGUUAUCAAGUGUUAAGGGUUAGGUAUCUAUGUUUGCAUCUUUCGAUAACAUCCGUCCAACUGUCAAUAAUAAAAUCAAGCAAUCUUUCGAUCACUCUCUUCAUCUCUACACAGAAGAAUUAGGAGAUCUUAAUAAAGUUAUAUAUCUUGGUAUUCAAAGUGACUCUGCUUUCGCUUCAUAUGAUAUCUAGGCUAAAAUUACCUAAGAAUCUAACUUUUCAUUCUAUCUUCUAGAAGAAAAUCAACCAGUCGUUGUAACAGAAGAUGCAAGUAAGGUAAAAAAGAUUCAUUUUAAGUUGUUGCUUAGAAGACCAUUCAACAAGGAAUUAGAAGUAAAAGUUAUGCUUGAACCUUUAAGUGGUUACUACGAUAUGAAGAUUGGUAAAACCCCUCAAUAGAUAGACUUAGUAGAAUCUUCUAAUAAUGUUUUAGAAUUUUCUUCGAAAUUAAUUUAAUUCGAAAGAUACGAAUAACCAAUUUAUGGUAUUAUUACUCCUAGAAUGACAUUUUUAAAUAAUAAAAUAUAAUUCAAAUUAUCUUAUGUGACCAGUGCUGUUAGUCACCAAACUUUGAAUUUGGGAAUGAUAAAUUAAAUCAAAGUUACUUAAGAAGAGCAAUACUACAAAAUUCCCAUCUAAUCAAAUGAAUCUGUAUUUAUUUACAAAAAUGUUUUGAAUCAAUUCGGAGACCAAGAUGAAGUAACAGUUAUCGUUUCAUAUGACCAAGCAAACGUCUAGCCUUAAAAAGGAGAAGCUACUUCAAUGAUAGUUCCUAACUUCAUUCCUUAAAUAAUCCCUAAAGAAGAUUUCGAAUUAAGCUGUAAGAGAAUUAAAGAAUUUUCUGUAGAUCAAAAUAAUUGCUUCCUUUUUGUUUCUGUUUCAGCUAAAAAAGAGGCUACUCUCCUUUUAUAUGCAGAAAUUAACUCUAAUGCUUAAUACAUCUUUUCUGACUUCCCUAAUACAGUUGCAUUCAAACCUAAAUCUGAAAAGAAGCUCUAUUAUCCUGAACUUUUCAAUAAGAGAUUCAAUCUCUUCAAGAGCUCAUCCUUCAACGGAGAUGAAUUAAUGAUUUGUGCUAAAAUAUUUAACAACACUCUAAGCAGAUAAGAUUGGAAAUAUCCCGUUAAUUGCUAGGCUGGUGAUUAUGAUUUCAAAUUCAGGACUUAAGAUGAUGAAAAUUUCUUCUAUGAAAUAUAAGAUAAUAAUGGAGUUUGUGAUUUUGAUAAGAAAGAAUGUGGUAUCUUAAUUUUCUUAAAAGAUACAUCUUUUAGUUUUUGGGAAACAACAGAUUUAAUCACUUUGACAUUGUAAUAAUCUCACACUACCUUACAUCCUAGUUAGAGUAUUAUUGAUACUUUACCUCCUAAUGGUGCUAGAUUCUAUUAUAUUGAAUUAAGUGAAGUUAAGGAUCAAAAGUUUAUCAUUGCUGCUACUGAGUACAUUGAUGAAUCUCUAGAAUUGAUUCUUUAUAUUGAUAGGGAAAAAGUUUUUUCAACAAAUAAGAACCUUCCUUACAUUUUAUUUGACAAGGAGUUCAGAGAUACCUUAAAAAAGACAUACAAAUUUGACAACAAUAGCUAAUUUGGAUUAGAAGUUAAAUCAAGAAUCAAAGACAAGAAUAUCAAAUACUCUUUGCUGCUCUCUGUGAAUCAAGAAAAUGAAAAAUCAUUUACAAAUAUUAGCUUAGGAUAGUCAUAAUAGAUUAAUUUAAAAGAUAACUAAGAUUAUCAAUACUUUGUUUUUAAGAAUAAAGUUAAGGGACAACCAUUUAAAAUUAUUUAGUCUUAACAAACUUAAGGUCACACCUAAAUCACAGUUGCUUUAUUAAACAAAGAAACCAAAGACAAACUCCCACUAUAAAGCUACAUUUCAUAGACUUAUGAAAAUGUUGUUGAGAUUAGAGAGAAGCAAGAUUAAUGUGAAAAGUAAUGUACCUACAUCAUUUAGUUGCGUACAACAGAGAGGAAUGGAGCCUCUUUAACUCUAGCUGUUUAAAGAUAGAUAAUCUCGCUUCUCGAAAAUAUAUUGUAAUCAAAUGAAUUAAACACCUCAGAAACAUUUGUUUACAACUUUAACACUUUGAAUAAAUCUACUUUAUCCAUAGAUCUUUAAACAGGUUCUGUUUAUGUUAACAUUACCAAUUCAAAUGGAAGAGAAAUAAUAAAAGACACAAUAAACAAGAAUAUCUUACACACAUUCGAUCUACCUGAACUUUAAAACACUAAUCAAUAAUAUUCCGUUACAAUUACAGCUUUAGCCUACUCUAAAUUCAAUAUCAAAUUCGUUAAUGAAAACACUUACCCGAUGAUCAGUUUUGACGUUCCUUUGAAAGAAUCGAAAUUAAGUUCACAAUAGUCAAAGAUAUAUACAAUCUAAAUGUAAGGAGAUAAGCUAGUAAAUAUUAUGAUUUCCUACGCCUAUGAUGGAAAAUACGAAGAAGGAGUUAAAGUUAUAGAAGAUAUUUAUGAGACGGAUGAUAAAAUUCCAAUUUUGUAGAAUGUUUUGAGUGAUAUUUAUGACCCAGUUACUAACUUGUAUAUUCGUCAUUUGUAAUUAACAACUUCCUAGGGAAUGAAAAAAGUUUUGAUGAAACUCAAAAAUACAUAGAAGAAUGAUGUAAAGAAAUUGUCAAUAUAUUUAAGUUAAAGCUUCACUCUUUUGGAUGAAGGCGUCUCUACAUUCUUUUACUUUGAUGGCGAUGUUUAAUCCACUUUCUUAUAUGGCAUCAUAUUACCUGAAAAAGAAAGAAAGGUCUAUAUCGAAAUAAACUGUUUGAAGGGUGACUUGCACACUGUUGGAACCUAUUAAAGAGAUAGCGCAAUAAAUGAUAAAUUCUAAUUUACAUUCACUCCUGGAACUCGUUAAAUUUUAGAUGUUGAUGUAAGCACUGGUAAUUUCUACAUUAAAAUAAGGGGAUUAGCUAAGCACAGCUAAGGUUUUAUUAAAUUCGUCUCCUUCCCAUCCAAAACUUAACUGCCAACUCUUGCUUUCCAUAAGCCUACUUUAGAUUUGCCUACAAUUACAGGUUUAAAAAGCUUAGAGAAAUGGGAUGAAUAUACUCAUGUUAAUUUCUCGUUUGAGCCCCUUGACUGUUCUGGCUACAAAUAAGACUUAGAAGACUUUUUUAUUGAAGAUAUUAUGUAUUCAUUGUUGAUAUCUAAGGAUAAACAAAUAAUCAAGGGUACCAACAUGAAAUUUAGCUAGAUUGCAGGCGAUUUUAAUUCAAUAGAAUAAAACUUAAAUCUUUAUCUUGAAACAAAUGUCAAGGUUCCUGUCCUCUUCUUUAGCUUUAAUGAAUCCAAAGAAUGUAUUAAUUCUUGCCAAAAAUGUUAGAAAAAAGAAAUAUCUGUUCCUUUGGAUAACCAAACUUUCUAAAAACACCUCAACGAUGGCACUCCAUUUGUAAUAGUACGUGCAAGUAUAGAUUGGAAAAACAAAGUUAAUGGUUAAUAUUACAGCUAAAACAUUUACUACAGUGAAGCAAUCCUCGACCAAUCAUAAAUAUUGGUUCCUAUUAAGGAAAUUUAAGAUUAAUCUACUCAUGAAGGAAUUCCAGUAUUUGUUAUAGCACUUAUUAUAAUUGGAGCUCUUGUGCUUAUUACUUUGUUAAUCUUCUACUUUAAAAAGUAUAAAUAAACUGCAAAGAGACUCAAUUUCGAAUUAACUGAUGUCCGUAACGUAGCUGGCAUUAGUUAAUCUCAAGACACUUACAAUGAUCCUAAAAUGAAGCACAUUCCUCUUGACGAAGAAAUCAACGAAUGA